AUGGAAAAUGAUAAGCGGAGUCAGAUUGCCGAGCUGAACAAACUGGCCUCGACUAUCAUUCAGGAUCCAAUUCACUCGAAUCAGAUAAUCCGCUUCAUUGAUGCUCUCGCCAAUUUGAAGAACUCCAACGCGGAAGAUUCUUACAUUGAAACAUUAAUCCGCUGUGUUGCAAAGAUAUUCAACUUCUUCAUUGAUUCUCGAGAGUGGGUUCUGUCCAAUGAUACUGACAGCGAAAGUAAAGCCAUCAACUCCUACAAGUCAUAUCUAAUUGGAUGGUACGACAUUGUCAUUGAUGAACUGCUGAAAAUUGUGAGCAAUGAGGGCAAAGCAAAGUUUUCGCUGAAUAUUCAAAAACUGGCCCUCACUACGCUAAUUAAAUUCGUGGAAGAAGAAGGGAAAUUCCCAUUUCGCCCAGCAUCAACUGAGCAGGAGUUUAACUUUCCUAGCCAGUUUUUUUCUGCGAUCAUCCGAUCUCUGCUUUCUGAAACUACGUACAAUCAAGAGUUGAUUGCCGAGUUCGUGAAGUACUACCAGUACGAUGACGUGAUUCACUUCACACUGAAAGCACUGCUCGAGCAGAUUGACUCGUACCAGCAGACGGACAAUUCCUUUAUCGCACAGAACAUUGUCGACCUUAUCUUUCCCAUUCGCCUGAUCACCCCUAAAGACUUGCUGCCUAAAAGUCUAAGGGCGGAGAGUAAGGAGAAAAAGAAGCGAAAGCGAUCCAAAGGCGCCCAAAUUGGUGGUAGAGAGCAUACAAACUUCAUGCGACUCUGUGAGCUGCAGUCGUACGCAGAUUCGAAAAACAAGAACCCAAUCAGGCUGCCCUCCUACCGCUUUAAGUUCGACUACGUCCGCGACGCGAAGCUCUACUCCACCGUCUGGGUGAAGUACCUGUACUUUGAGCUGCAGCCCGCCACCUACAAGCGCGUCCUCGUCUACCUGGACAAGUACGCCAUUCAGCACUUUGAGAAUCCCCUGCUGCUGGCCAACUUUCUCACGCGCUCCUUCGCCGUCGGCGGCAUCAUCAGCCUGCUCAGCCUCAGUCCGCUGUACACGCUGAUUCACAAGUGCAACUUCGACUACCCGAACUUCUUCGCCCACCUCUACCAGCUGCUGCAGCCCGCCAUCACCUACGUCAAGUACCGGGCGCGCUUUCUCUUCUGGGCCGACCUCUUCCUCACCUCGACGCACAUCAGCUCGCAGAUUGUGGCCGCCUUUGCGAAGCAGCUCGCUCGACUGGCCCUGACCUCUCCGCCCGACACCAUCCUCAUCAUUCUGCCCUUCAUCGGCAACCUCUUCAUUCGCCACCCCAUCACCCAGUCCAUUCUCAAUGCGCCCACCUUCGAGCCGGAAAGGGACCCCUUCCUGGAGACGGAGACCAAUCCGGAGAAGAGCAACGCCAUCGACAGUUACAUGUGGGAGCUGAAGGCGCUGCAGUCGCACUACCUCCCGGAGAUUGCCCAAUUGGCCAAGCAAAUCUGCGAAGACCUGCCCGCCUUUGAGUGGAACCUCGCCGACGUUCUCGAGACAAACAUGGACGACGUGGUGGAGAACGCCAAAAAGACCGUCAAGGCGGACAAGUUCACCUACGAUGUGUCCUGUGAUCUGUUCAAUACCUUAUAG